AUGCUCAUGUGGCUUGCGGGCCGCUUCGGAAACGGAGUAUUUCUGCAUCGUUCCCGAAACGGGCAGUUGAGAAGCAGCCACGUGCUCACCCGGAGCUGUCAGCGCCACGCAGAAGAGGGGAUGGCCACAAGAUGGCAUGCCAGGCAACCGUCAGAAUGCCCUGCACAUUUGGCAUGGCCUGGUUCACGCAACUUACUCGCGACGCACGCAAGUCGCACGCUGAGGACGUGCUCGGCAUUUGGGAUAGCUUCUGCGGGCCUUCCUGGCGUUCGGACGCCGAGGCUGCCCUUGCGAACAGCUCGUGCACUUGGGUCGAAUGCAACAGCAGCUGUGUUGCAGCGGAGGGACGAAGCUGGAGAGGAUGGGCCCCUCCUUGUGAUGAGCGUUGAAGGCAUGAAGUGUGCCAAUUGCGUUGCAAGGGUCAAGAAACUCAUAGAGGAAAACAAUGAAGUCGCAGAGGCGACGGUGAACUUGGCAGUGGGGACUGCCUUUGUUCAGGUGACGACAGGGAAGGGUGGCAAUGCAACAUCUAUUGGCAGAAAUGUAGCAGAGGUGCUGACCAACAACGGCUAUCCAGCCACUCUCUCAAAUGGAGCUCAAACAAGACAACAAGCACCCGACAAUGAUGUUGGCAAGAAGUGGAAGACCCUCACUGCGAUAGGCAUCCCUUCUGCGUUUUUGGCUGCAUCUAUGCUGGCACAUGUUGCACAUGUCCUGACAUCCUGUCCCCCCUGGUUGCAGAUCUUUGGCAGCAUGCAGUUCCAGUUUGGCCUAUCUUUGGCAUUGAUGUUAGGCCCCGCAAGGAACAUUCUGUCAGGAGGGGUAUCUCGUUUGCUGCGUCGGAGCCCAGACAUGGACACACUUGUGGGAAUGGGGGCAAUAGCAGCCUUUGCCAUGAGCUGUGUUUCUGUCAUGCUACCGCGCCUUGGAUGGCCAGCAUUCUUUCAUGAGCCAGCCAUGCUGCUGUCAGUUGUUCUCCUGGGAAGAGCUUUGGAAGCAUUUGCAAGGACAAAGGCGUCCGAUGACUUAACAGCUCUGCACAAGCUGCUUCCAGACCAGGCAAAGGUGGUGUGGUCUGGGAAAGUCCACAGGGUGCCGAUACAGGCUGUGGGCCCAGGCAUGGAAAUAGUCGUUGGCCCUGGGGAUCAGAUCCCUGUGGAUGGCAUUGUCACUUCUGGCUCUAGUGCUGUAAACGAAUCAGCUGUCAGCGGAGAAGCCAUGCCCAUUCCCAAGUCUCCAGGUGACAAGGUGAUCGCCGGCACAAUCAACUGUGGUGGGAUGGAGCUCAGGGUGGAUGCCCAACGGGUUGGGCAGGACACCGCAAUGGCAAGGAUCGUUCGACUGGUGGAGGAGUGCCAGGGGCGGACGCCCAGCAUUCAGAGGCUGGCUGACAGUGUUGCUGGGAUUUUCUCAUGGGGUGUUUUGGCAGCUUCAGGGAUGACAGCACUGUUCUGGUUAUUAAUGGGUCCCAUUCUUCUCCCUCAAGUGGCAUCUGGCUCUGCGGCUUUGCUUCUCAGCGCUCAGCUGGCCUGCAAUGUCUUGGUCGUUUCGUGCCCAUGUGCACUUGGGCUGGCAACCCCAACAGCUGUACUUGUGGGCACCUCCCUUGCAGCUCGGUCAGGCCUUGUCAUUGGAGGCGGCGAUGUCCUUGAACGCGCCGGAAAAGUGGAUGCAAUCGUGUUUGACAAGACUGGGACUAUCACAAUUGGCCGGCCUGCUGUGUCAAGUGUGGUGGUCACUUCGGAUGGACACUCGCAAGAUGCUGUGCUUGCUUUAGCCGGGGCUGUGGAACAGCAGUCAACGCACCCAUUGGCUCAGGCCAUUGUCUCUGCAUGCAAGCUUCGUAAACUUGAGGUCAAAGCACUGGAUACAGGAUCAUUCCGGCAAGAAAUUAGUGGAGGAGUGGAAGGUUGUUUGGAUGGCAGUUUGCUGGAGGUUGGGAGCAUGGAGUGGUUAGAACAAAGACAAAAACCUGACUCAGUGUGUGGCGCGCCCAAUCUGGGAGUGGAGGAAAACAAGGCUUCCACCAUGGUCCAUGUGCGCUAUGAUGGCCGUGUGAUUGGCGCCAUCUGCAUCGAGGACGAGGUGCGCAGUGAAGCUGCUGGCGCCAUCUCAAGGUUGAGGAAUCUGGGAGUCAAGCACGUGGUGAUGGCUUCAGGUGACCAUCGAGGCCCCUGCCUUGCAAUCGCAAGGGAGGUUGGCAUAAGAGGAGGCGACGUCUUUUGGAGGACAUCCCCCGAAGAGAAAGUCGCCAUUGUUAAGCGGCUGCAGGCUAAGGGCUAUGCAGUGGCUGUUGUUGGGGAUGGAAUCAACGACGCAGCAUCCCUUGCCCAGGCCGAUGUGGGCAUGGCGAUGUCAGGUGGACUUGCCUCGGCUCGCAGUGCCUCAGAUAUUGUGCUGUCGGGCAACUCUGUCGCCCAGGUGCCUGAGGUCAUCGAAUUGAGUCGUGCAAUUCUGGGCAAGAUCAGAGAGAAUUUGGCAUGGGCCUUUGGCUACAAUGUUGUUGCCAUUCCAGUCGCGGCCGGUGCUUUAUUGCCAGGCUAUGGAGUGAUGUUGACACCAUCCAUCAGCGGGGCCCUGAUGGGCAUGAGCUCUCUUGCAGUGGUGACAAACUCGCUGUCUCUUCAGUUGCGAAGGAAAGCUGGUCGAUAG